AUCUGAUUUUUUAUAAGUAGGUAACUAUUUAGUCUAAUAUCUCUAUUUGGAAUUUGCAUUACUAAAGUUACUAUAGAAAUAAAGAAUACAGAAGCUGACACUCAUUAAUCGAUGUUAUUAUGUUACUAAGUUUAAUAGUUAUUUGAGAAUGAUUAGGUGCCGGAUAUGUUUAGAAAACAAAAGAAAUUUACGUUCAAUUUUUGAUACUGAUCAAGGAUUGUCCUAUGCUUCAAUGAUAACACUUAUUACUGGAAUUAAGGUAGUUAAAGAACAUAAUGAUGUGCUUUGCUUGCUAUGUUGCAGGAAACUAAAUGAUUUCUAUGAAUUUAAACUUUUAAUAGAAAGAUCUGAUGUAGAACUAAAUAAACAAUCAAAGAUAUUUAAGUUUAAUACUAUAAAUGACAUUAAAGUGGAAUUUCCCUCAGAAUUAAUUUAUAAAGAUCCUGGAAAUGGAGCCCCAGAUUACAAUACUUUGUUCCAAAAUGAAAAUGAUUGUAUCUAUUACAAUAAUACAUUGAUUAAAAGAUUUUUCGAAGAUGAAAAGAAAAAUUUACCUAUAGAAUUUCGUAAUGCAAUAAAAGCUGAAGAAUUUCAAGAGAAUGUUUAUGAUGAGCAAGAUGCAACUAUAGAUAGCAAUUAUAAUUACAAAGAAAACAUGAAAACAUCCAAAAUUACAGAAAUGGACAAAACAUUGAAUAAUGUCAUACAACCACAUGAUGUAAAUAACAUUUGCAUUAAACCAAUCUUGCUUAAAGAUAUAAGAGUACUAAAAACCAAAACACAGUUUGAUUUUAAAAAGAGAAAACGCAAGUGUGUUUUUAGAACGAAAGACACUUUAUGCCAGUUUUGUGGAAAAAUUAGUAAAAACAUAAAAUCACAUAUCAAGACACAUAUAGCUAAAGGUGAGAAGAAAUUCAAAUGUCACAUGUGUGCAAAAUCUUUUUAUACAACAGCGCAGUGGCAGUAUCAUCUGAAAUCACAUUCAGCAAUAAAGGAAACAUUUAAAUGUGACCACUGUAUAUUAGUUUUUUCUGCAAAAGCAGAGGUUGCUAGACACAUGACAGUACAUAUGGAACAUAAAAAGUUUUCCUGUACAGUGUGUCAAAAGGAAUACAAAUGGAAAUCUGGCUUACAUCGGCAUAUGCUUAUUCAUAAUAUGACGGGCAGAUCGAUUAAAUGCGAUGUUUGUGAUAUGUUGUUUUACAGCCAAGGUCACUUGAAAGCUCACUACAGAGUCCAUACGGGAGAGCGCCCAUACAAAUGCGAGCUUUGCUCGCAACCUUACAGCUAUAAACGCGACUUUAAUAGGCACUGUCUUAAGAAGCACGGAGUAUUAAUAGACCGUAGGCCUGUUACCGUGAUGAACGACGAAGUCCUGAAAAGAGAGAAGGCUUUGAUGAGGGAUCUAAUGUUACACUUGCACGGAUUACCAACGGAGACCGAACCUAUGGAUUCUUUUCACGGACCGCAAAAGGCGCUUGCUUACGCUAAAGCCGUAAAUGUGAUGCAAAAUGGCCAAAUAUCAAUCGAUGUACACCUGUAACUUCAAAGAAUCAGCUUAACGCUGAAUAAUUAAUAAGUUAUGGACACAAUAUAUUAAACUAGCUGUCCUGGCGAACUUCGUACCGCGCAUCUUUUUUCUUUUUUUGUUGAAUG